AUGGCAGCUAAGAUGAUGAUAAUCCUGCCACAUGCCUCCCUGAUCACUAGUGCUAGAGCUGGGCCUUUGCUCUGGAGCCGAAACGGUGGGGAUGGGAGGGGAGAGGGGCAGGAUGUGGAAAGCCGAGGACGGACUGAUGCCAGAGGGAUGGGGGUGUGGAGAGAGAGGGAGGAUGGAGGGAUGAGGGAGGGAGGGAGGGAGGGAGGGAGGCGGGCGCGUGAGGGAGAUGAACGGGAGUCAGACACAGAGAGCAGUCCCCCUCCUCCUCCUCCUCCUCCAUCCCUCCUCCUCCAUCCCUCCAUCCCUCCUCCAUGCCUCCGGAGGGUGCGCGCGGCGGCCAUGGCGAAGAUGCGCGUGUCCUACGAGUACUCGGAGGCCGAGGACAAGAGCAUCCGGCUGGGCUUGUUCCUGAUCGCCUGCGGGAUCCUCAGCCUCUUCAUCCUGGGCUUCUGCUGGCUCAGCCCCACGCUGCAGAGCCUCCAGAGCAAACCGGCCAACUGCACGAUCUUUGUCAACAACUCCGAGUCCAACUCCGUGGCCCUGCUGCACUUUAAUGAGCAGCAGCUGGUCCUCAACCCAAAGAGGUCUACAGCCUCCCUGAAGAGCAAAAAAAGAGUUAUAUUAGAGCUUAAAAAACCACUACCAGACUGA